AUGGCAAGUGGGUUUCUUCCAGAAAAGGGGUAUGCUACUACCCUCCACGCGGAUGAGGCAUUGUCAGUUAACUCCAAGAUAAAUGCAAUUCCAAGAGCAGUGGAAGUCGGUCAUCAAUCUUCACUUUUGCAAAAAUCCCUGAACAGACUCAUCCAUCUCUCAGCAUGUGGACACAAUCGUAAGAAGACAAUCUUGACUAUUGAAUGAUGUUGACCACCAAUCCAUAAGGAGACCAAAUGAAACUGUAAAGGUGCACACUUUUGGUUUGGGUGUGAUCUGUAGAUACUCAAUAAUCAAGCUCGUCUAUUGAGAAGGGGUCUCUUAUGAACCUAUCUGCUUGUUUGGGUGAAAUCUGUCGUUUUUCCAUUUUUUUUUUCAACGGGGUAUGCACUCCCCUCCAUGCGGAUGAGGGUAUUGCCUGGUUACUAUUGGCUUAUUCCAAGGGGAG